UUUUCACUCACUAGAAGAAAAAAGAAAGUUGAAGAUGAUGAAUGGUUUGAGAAGAACAUUUUGGACUUCCAAACAUAAAAAGAUAGACGAUACAGACACAGUUGAUGAUUCACCUCAUCGGCAAAAACACACUUCAAGAUUCGGUUUUUUCUCUAACCCGUCAACUCCAAGGACUGAGACCCGACCCGAUUCAGUUGGAUCUAGCCUUCGUUGUCAGAGUUGGACUGCUACGGCCGUGGCCACUCCCUCGCCGUCUCUUCUCGCUAGUCCCAAUCUUCAGUGCAGAACUUCCGGCGACGCAACUCCGACGGCGACGACGCCAAGGAGAAACAGAAGCCCUCUUUCUCUUCUCAGCGUUUCUUCUUCUACCCCUUCGUCUCCGGCGAGCUUCUCUCUCCUCAAAUCAAAGCUCUGUUUCAACAAAAGUAGCAGCAGCAGAUGUGGAAUUUGCUUACAGAGCGCGAAAGCAGGGAGAGGAAUGGCGAUUUUCACGGCGGAGUGUUCGCACACUUUUCAUUUCCCGUGCGUGACAUCACGCUCCGGUGAUCGGAAUCUACUCGCCGCCUGCCCUGUUUGCGCUGCCUCAUGGAGAGAGACUUCGUUGCUUCCUCUGUCUCUCUCUUCUCCUCUCCACGAAUUGGAUACUCAUAAAUCCCCGAAAUCCGGAUCCGAAUCCGAUUCCAGGACCCGAGAAUCAAAGAACAACAAAUCCUUAAGAGUCUACAACGACGACGAGCCUUUAAUCUCUUCUCCAAUCUCGCCUGCCGGUUUCAACACCAUACUGGAAUCUGAUGAAAACGACUACGACGACGAGGAAGAAGAAGAUAACGGCGAUUUCAAAGGUUUUUUCGUCAAAACGCCGUCACCGUUAACGUCGAAGAAACUCUUAACGGACUCUGUUUCUUCACACGUGGACGUCAAGCUGUCUUCGGAGGCGGCAAUUGUGGCCGUUGGAAGAGGUCACGAGACGUACUCGGUGGUGAUGAGAAUCAAAUCGCCGCCGUUACCGGCGGCUCGUAGAUCUCCGGUUGAUAUAGUAACUGUUCUUGACGUUAGCGGAAGCAAGAUUGAAAUGGUGAAGCGAGCAAUGAGGCUGGUGAUUUCGUCUCUGCGAGAGACGGAUCGUUUGUCGAUGGUCUCGUUCUCGUCGAGCUCGAAGCGAUUAUCGCCGUUACGAAGGAUGACGGCGAAUGGAAGGAGAGUAGCUCGUCGGAUCGUCGACGAAAUCGCCGGUGACGGCGACGGAAUGAGCGUGAACGAUGCGGUUAAAAAGGCGGCGAAAGUGAUCGAAGAUCGCCGGCAGAAAAAUCUGUUCACCACCAUCUUCGUCUUAACGGACCGUUAUAGAAGCUCGGCCCAUCAAGCCCAGUUGGCCCACUCCGAUUUCGUCACGUCCACGCGCGUCUCUCACUCGGAAAUCCCAACGCACACUAUUUAUCUCGGCGCAUGUAAACCCGAGGACGCGUUUGCGAAACGCAUUAAAGGUUUGCUGAGUUUAUCCGUCCAGGAGCUUACUUUACAAAUCGGAUUGGUUUCCGGGUCGGGUCAAGGAGAGAUUAGGUCGGUUUACUCACUAUCGGGUCGACCACUUUGGCUUGGAUCCGGAUUGAUUCGGUUAGGUGACAUGUACGGUGACGAGGAAAGAGAAGUGUUGGUUGAAUUGAAAUCACCUGUAUCUUCUUCGUCUGGUACAUCUCACAGAAUCUUGACCGUCCGAUCUCGCCACGUGGACCCUUCAACUCAGGAAAUAAGAAACUCAGGAGAUCGAGCGCUUCUGAUACCACGUCCUAUAGCCGUUAGAUCAUCUAACACGAGCAUCGGAAGGCUCAGAAACCUCCACGUCAGCACACGAGCCGUGGCAGAGUCUCGGCGGCUAAUCGAUGCCAGUGAUUACUCGGGAGCUGAGCGAAUGUUGACGUCAGCUCGAGCCUUGUUGGUACAAUACGGCUUGAAUUCCGGUGACGCGUGCUUACGUGGUUUGGACGCUGAGCUGGCAGAUUUGAACCGCAUGAGAGGUAGACACGUGGCGGCGAAGAGCCCAGAGCCAAUAAUAACUCAGAAGACUGAUCCGCUUACUCCGACUUCAGCAUGGAGAGCUGCUGAAAGAUUGGCCAAAGUGGCGAUCAUGAGGAAGCACAUGAAUAGAGUCAGUGAUCUCCAUGGCUUCGAAAAUGCUAGAUUCUAGUUUCUUCUCUCUGUGUCUUCUCCCUUAUUUAUUAAAAGAAGUUUUGUAAUGACGUGAUACAAAGAAAUAGAAUGGUACAUGAAACUAAAUAUGCAAGAUCAAGUUUUCGUUGUUGUUUAAGUU